UGUGUUAAUACAGUCAAACCCAUCUGAAAACGAGUUUCUGUGGUACGUUACAGAUGGUAAAUUUGAUUUUGUAACGGGUAGAAGCAUCUGAAUGAACAAACCUAUGUGCUAUUAAAUCAGUUUCACGGUAAAUCGAUACAAUCAUCCAGCGGUCACAAUUCGGUUUCGGUGGUAAUGCGGAAGAGGCCGUUAUACGGCUGCAGCUGUUCAGUUGCGAAUCUAGCUUCUGAGCGUUAUCUGAGUUUGAUUGCACAUGCUGCGUAAGGUCUUUACGCUUUAAUACGUCCUUGCGAAAUUUGUCGUCCUUAUAAUUAUAUUAUUUGGGACAAUUUGCCGGCUGAAUACUGGCGAUAAUUCGAGGAUUAUUUUCUAAGCGAUGGGGCAACAGCACGGCCGGUUAACAGAACGCUUCGGCAGCAAUUACAAGUACGUAUGCACCCCGAGAGACUACAUCGGACGAGGCCGUUUCGGUAUCGUCAGUAAACCUUGGAAGAUACAACGUCGUGGCUUCGUACCAAAAGUUCAGGCACUGUUUUCGGAUGCUGACAGCAUGGGGCAGUCGCAAAAAUCUGUUGCGGUAAAGGUAGUGGAAAUAGAGCAUGCGGAACUGCGAGAAAAUCCCGCUGACUAUGCGGCGCUGCGGAAGAGAUUGAAAAAAAUCAUCAAACUGCGACAUCCUCACGUUGUAAAGUACCAGCAAAUAAACAUAACAGAAACCGAGAGAGGAAUUACAGUUGAACUGAUGAUGGAGUGCCUGCUUGAUGACACUCUAUGCUCUCUAAUGAGGAAACUGAAAAGGUCUCAUAAGACUCUGAACAUGAAGACCCUGCUGCGUUAUGGUACCGAACUGGCGGAUGGACUAGCGUUUCUCCACCGAAAGCAUAUCGUGCUUGGAGAUUUGACGUCGCGAACAGUCUUCCUGGAGCGUAUGGGCGACGGUGGAGAGCGAGUAAAGACUGGCGGUCUCGAUGACUUUCCCCAGCUGCAAGCUCGCCUAGCACACUAUGCUGUGGUGCCGUUAAGCGUUACGAUGCGAUAUACAGCCCCUGAAAUGUUCCUAGACACGCCUGCUCUUCCUGAAGAGAAAACCGAUAUCUGGAGUGUGGGAUGCAUUGUGUUAGAUCUAUUAAGAUGCUUCACAGGAAACCACGAGAGAGCGUUCUUCAACUGCGAGACCAAGGACGUCCAUGUGCUCGGCAAGAACACGGACAUUUAUUGUCACUAUCUGAUUUCCUAUGGAUAUGUGCCGUUUAUCAGCGAUCUUGUGCCGGCUUCCCUUGCUGCCGUUCUGCGAAGUUGUUUGCGCCGUGAAAUACAUGCUAGAAUUUCCGCUGCUGAACUCAUGAUGGAAUUCCGCAGCCUGGGUGCAUUUUUUUCUAGUUGAUGCAAUAAAAUUUUAUUGGCAGUA